AUGAAUAAAGAAUAAGAUGACUAGGAAAGAUAGCCUAUACUAAUUGAAAAAGAUAAUUAAUUUUUUGAUUGGGAGACAUUCAAAAAAUAAUACUAUCAAUAAGAAAAUGUGUUAUAAACAACUUUGAAAUAGUUUAAUGAAUUCCAUAGUGAUAUUUCAAGAAAACUAAUUUAAUUAGAGUAUUAGAAAUUUAUAGCAUCAUAGUAAAUCAGAUCCAAUUUGUGAAGAAGAUGAAUAAGACAAUCGAAAAUAAUUUUAAUCGAUUGACAUUAAAAAGUAUUAAGAUUAAUUUGAUGAUUUAAAUUUGAUAAUGAGUACAAUGUCUAGAAUGCUUAAUGAAUAUACAAUCAGUCCAGAAGAAGUUUAAGCCAAAUUGAAGAAUAAUAUGUUAAGAAGAUUCAAAGAAAUUCAUUAAGAACAUGAGAAAGAAGUCUUAAAAUUGAAAGUACUACUUGAAAGCAUAAAUAGUAAGCAAUGAAAACAAAUAUCUAAAAAUAUGAGCUAUUUAAGGAAGCAAUCAUAAACCAAAAUACAACAGGAAAUUAAAAAUAUAAAAGAGAUUACCAGCUUAAUGAUUUUCUGUCAAGGGGAGUGAAUUAGGCAUCUCAUGUACUUGAUAUGGCAUCAACAAUACAUUCAAAUCUUUAAGAUCAAGGUUAUAGUGUGAAUUCUAUAUAAAAUAAAGUCACAGAUUAUAUUGGUAUUUAAUUUUUUGAUGAGUAGGAUAAUUUGAAGGAAUCAACUAAUUGAUAAAUGGAAUACGCUAUCAUAAAAAUAAGGGUUAAUUAAUAUUAAUGGGUUUAAUUGCUUUAUUAGUUUUGAUAAUUUUAUUUAAAUUGAUUUGA